CCCGACUGAUCCACCACGCUCCCCCCCCCCCUUUCUUAAAUCCAUUGGGCAUUUGCUUCGCCUUAAGAGUUGCCAGGAAUCUGACACGUUCGCACUGCAACGCUGCCGUUCUGGUUUGCGCCCGUUCCUCAACGCAAGCAAUCCGCUCGCCUCCGCCGAUCUCUGCCCGGGGCCGUGCCACCACCUCGAGGUACCGAUAGACGAAUAGAUAUAUACAGUCUGCCUCCAGUAUCCCUCAUCACUCAAGAUGCCCGCGGAUUAUAUGUCUACUGCGCGGGCCCUCUCCGUCUCAGCCUCCUCUCCAGAACCCCUCUCUCCGUCGGAAGACAAUGCCUAUCCCCCAUGGAGCCGGCGGGCCCCGGGCAGGCGAAAUUCUGCUAGUCGCUCCGGUGGGCAGGUAGUUAGUCUGCGCGAUCAGCUCAUUGACCAAGCGACUCAGAUGUCGCGCCGGAUCAUGACAUCAUGGAAGAAGAUGAAUUUCUGGCAGAGAGUUGGGGCGGUGGCCGCUGUGGUGCUGGCCAAUCUCUUGGGAAUCGGGUUUCUUGUCUUCACGGGGAAGGUCUUCAUCUGGCUUCAGCCGGUGGCUGAACAGUGGGAGCACUCGGUUUUGGCUUAUUUUGUUCUGUGGUUGUGCGUGUUCUUUGUCUCUCUCCCACCGUUGGUUGGAUGGUCCACAUUUGGAACUAUGGCGGGUUAUAUUUUUGGCAUAUGGAAAGGAUGGCUCCUUUAUGCGUCUGCGACCAUUCUCGGGUCGACCUUCUCUUUCAUCGUGUCUCGGACCAUCCUGUCUAGAUUCGUCCACCGCCUGAUGGAACGCGACAAACGAUUUGCGGCUCUUGCGCUGACGCUGAAGUACGACGGUCUGAAGCUGCUAUGCAUGAUUCGUCUAUGUCCGCUUCCCUAUUCUGUAUGCAACGGUGCUGUCUCAACCUUCCCAACGGUGCAUCCUUUGAUGUACGGUCUCGCGACGGCCAUCAUUUCUCCCAAAUUGCUCGUACCUGCAUUCAUUGGGAGCAGGUUGCGUGUCUUGUCGGACAAUAACGAGGAGAUGAGCAUGGGCUCCAAGGCCGUGAACGUCUGCAGUAUCAUCGUCUCGGUUGCUAUUGGGAUUUUCACGGGCUUAUAUAUCUAUAGAAGGACGUUGGCUCGAGCCAAGGAGUUGGAGGCCAAAGAACGGGAGGAUAUCCGACAGUCUCUACAGGCCGACCAUGCGGCCCAUCGUCCCCAUGACGCGUUUUCGGAAGAUCCAGACGUCAACACCGCUGCCACCACCCUGGCCCGUGAUGAAGAAGAGCGGAUCGGAUUCACAGACGUGGAUGAUGACCAUGUAGACCUUGCGAUGGACGAUGAGAGUGGCAGCGAGAUGUCGCCCAGCCGUAACAAGCAAUAUCGGGAUGAGUUUACAGAUAACGACUCGGACGUGUUCCGGGACGGAGACGAGGAGGAUGAGGAGACAUACACCCUGCAUUCUCACGUGCGCAAGCCCCAGGACUCAUAGGUCCAGCUAUUCUGCCGAGGGACCUUGGUGGCGACCUAUACUUACACGAUAGAACUGCUCUUACGAGGUGACGACACAGAUUUUAACGGAUAGGCAACCCUGAUGCAUCGUAAAUAAUGAUGUUUGUUUUUUUUUUUUUUUU